AUGGCGGCUGUCGGUGGCCCUGCCAGGCAAUCACGGGGGGUCUCCAUGAGUGUCUCGAUGUCGCUGGUACAAGGAGGAGCCGCCGGGGCACCGCAGGGUGCCAUUCUGGCCGCGGCCGCACCCUACUUCCAGCCCCCGGCCGUCCCACAGGACUUCCAGCCUGAUCGGCCGAUCGGUUACGGCGCAUUUGGCGUAGUAUGGGCUGUCACCGAUCCGCGUGACGGACGCCGGGUCGCACUCAAGAAGCUGCCCAACGUUUUCCAGUCGCUCGUGUCCUCGAAGCGUGUUUUCCGGGAGCUAAAGAUGCUGUGCUUCUUCAAGCACGAAAAUGUACUCUCUGCAUUGGACAUCCUGCAACCGCCACACUUGGACUUCUUCCAGGAAAUCUACGUGAUUACGGAACUGCUUCAGUCGGAUUUGCACAAAAUCAUCGUUUCACCGCAACACCUUUCCGCUGACCACAUCAAAGUGUUCUUGUACCAAAUCCUGCGCGGCUUAAAGUAUCUCCACUCGGCUCGGAUCCUACACCGAGAUAUAAAGCCCGGUAACCUCUUGGUGAACAGUAACUGUGUUUUAAAGAUUUGUGAUUUCGGAUUGGCUCGCGUUGAGGAACCAGAUCAAUCGAAGCACAUGACACAAGAAGUCGUCACGCAGUACUACCGUGCGCCGGAGAUUCUAAUGGGUGCUCGCCACUAUUCGGCUGCGGUCGACGUUUGGUCGGUGGGUUGCAUUUUUGGCGAGCUGCUUGGUCGACGUAUCCUCUUCCAGGCGCAGAGUCCUGUACAGCAGCUUGAACUGAUUACAGAGCUGCUAGGUACGCCAUCGCUAGAGGAUAUGCGACAUGCCUGCGAAGGAGCUCGUAGCCACAUGCUUCGGAGAGCGCCGAAGCCCCGGUCACUGACCGCAUUGUACACGUUGAGUACCCAUGCCACGCAUGAAGCCGUACAUCUGCUCUGCCAAAUGCUCGUUUUCGAUCCGGACAAAAGAAUAUCCGUAAUCGAUGCCCUCGCGCACCCAUACGUCGAAGAGGGUCGACUGCGUUAUCAUUCCUGCAUGUGUAAAUGCUGUUACACAACACCUUCUGGCAUGCGUCAGUACACGGGCGAGUUUGAGCCAUCAGCAACCCAAGCAUUCGAUGACUUAUGGGAGCGCAAGUUAACCUCAGUGCAGCAAGUGAAAGAGGAAAUGCACAAAUUCAUUGCCGAGCAGUUGCAGACGGGCCGCGUUCCGCUCUGUAUAAAUCCCCAAAGCGCUGCAUUCAAAUCCUUCGCCAGCUCAACUGUAGCUCAUCCAUCAGAACUGCCACCAUCGCCGCAUCAAUGGGAAUGACAUAAUGAAGCAAUGGCCGCAUAAAAUUAAAAAAAAAAUCCUUGCAUUAGUACACCAACUUAUUGGCUCUGAAAAUCCGUUUGAGUGCAAAAAAUGAAAAAAAAAACAGGAAUGUAUGGGUAACUAACAAAGAUAAUCCCUACUAUAUUAUGUAUGGUCAUUCACGACGCGAUUGCGUUUUGGUCAAAUAAGGCUGCCAUUUGUUAAGACCAUGCCAUGUUAAGACACAAACACAUCGAUUUGCGGCUUCCGGCAUCAUCACCGGCAACUAGAGACAGUAUUUUCCAUUUAUACUUGUACCAGCAUUGAUCUUACGUCACAGUAAAAACCCGAAAGCGAUACAAGGAUGGACUUACAACGCAAAUCACAACGCAUUGAAAACGAAAGUAGACGGUCGACGUAAGUGGUUCGGGAUCAGGAACCAAAUGGCAGGUAAAGCAACUGUCUCACAAUUAAGAAAGUACGUCCGAUAGGUGAUGUAUGUGACACUAAUAGCCCUUUGUCAGUUGAUGGGUUCAAUUAAUAAGUUUCCAUCUUUUAUUCUGCGAAUCGUAAACAAAUUAUUAAUCUAUGUACUUCGAGCGUAUAGAGUUCGAUAUUUUUUGACUAACCAAUAAUUCCGAUGAAACAUUCUGAUGCCUAACUAAGACCAAGCCGUUGUAAAAUCAUAUCCCAGUAAAAUUUCCUGUCCUAAAUUAGUUUUUUUUCUUCUGCGAGUUGAUAAAUGGUUAGCACGAGGAACAACUGCCGUUUUUGAAAAUACUAUUGCAAGAUUUUGCAAUUUGUCCGUUUGGUUUGGAUAAGACAAACCAGUCUCGUGGGACAUGUUUGACUCAAAAAAAAGGAAAACGAGGAAAGGAGAUAUACUAAGAUAACAACACUGUAAAU